AUGGAAGAAAAGUUAAAUGAAAUGGAACAAGCUGGUAUCAUCACAAGGACAUCAACGCCUUACAGUAGUCCAUUGACAUUCACUCUUAAAAAAGACGGCUCAAUUAGAGUUCUGCUUGAUGCUAGAAGCAUAAAUAAGAAAAUGGUUGCAGAAACAGAGAAACCACCUAUACAAUUAGAUGUUUUGAAUUCAUUUCACGGAGCGAAUUAUAUCACUACCAUUGACUUAAAUAAUGCAUAUUUUCAAGUUCCGAUAAAUAAAGAUGGUAGAAAAUAUACUGGAUUCACAUUCAAUGGAAAGUCAUAUGUAUAUAAUGUUUUGCCGCAAGGAUUAAAAACAUCAGUAGGAAGCUUUAACAGAGCCAUGAAUUUAAUAUUAGGACCAGAAGUCCAAGAAUUUUGUGUGAACUAUUUAGAUGAUCUAGCCAUUAUUACAACAGGAACGUUAGAUAAACAUUUGGAGCACAUUGAUAUUGUUUUAAGUAAAUUGAACAAAGCUGGCUUAACGUGUAACUUGCAGAAAUGUGAAUUUAUUUGUAAAGAAAUUAAAAUGCUGGGUUUUAUAAUUUCAACAGAAGGCAUAAAGACAGAUCCCGAUAAGAUUCGAGCGAUCCAAGACUUUCCAGCACCUAAAAAGAUUAAAAAAUUGAGGGCCUUUUUAGGUCUAUGCAAUUUUUAUAGAAGUUUUAUACCAAAUUACAGCGAGAGCAUAAUACCGCUCUGUGAAUUACUUAAAAAGGGACGAAAGUUCCAAUGGAGCGGUAAAGAACAGAAGGCAUUUGAUUUUAUAAAACAACAAUUUAUUAAUACAAUACAAUUGCAUCAUCCAGACUUUAAUAAGCCGUAUUAUUUACAAACAGAUUGUUCCGGUGUGGGUAUGGCCGGAGUACUAUAUCAGAUAGAUGAUAAUAAUGAAAUGAGAAUUUUAGGCUAUCAUAGUAAAGCCUUAAAAGGCCCCGAAUUAAAUUGGUCUAUUACUGAACAAGAGUUUUAUGCUGUAAUAAGUUGCCUAAAGAAAUUUUAA